AAUGCGGUACGUUUAAAGACAGCCCUCCCCUCUCGCCCACCUCCCAAUAUAUAACGAGGAGCGUCAGGUCUCAAAUCCGGCGGCAGGUAAGAUAAAGAUGCUGGCUGUAAAAUCCAGACCAGGAGAGACGGCCCGGUAGGGAACUUCGGAAAACCAUUAAUUAUGAUGGCACGACUGAUCUCCCCGUAGUACAUCGGGCCCAACGGUUGCACCACUCCGCCUUCCGGUCCCCGCCGGCGGGCGGGGGUGAUUUGCAAGGCCAACUUCAGACACCCCCUUCACCCUCCCGUUGGCCCGUUUCAUCCAUGAAAUUAGCGGGAUUUUCAUUAAGAUUCAUCUAUGAUCCAGGUGAGGGUUCGGGAGCGUGUGAACGCGCAGGGCAGGUGCACGUAGCAAACACCCAAGUUUACCUGCUUAUGGAAAUGAGGGCAGUCAGGGAAGAAAGCGGUCAGGGUCCAUGUGCCUUACUCAAGCCUUACUCAAGAGAGUCGCGGGAGGGGGGGAUGGAGGAGCAGAGAUGAAACGCAUCGGUGCGCUGCUUGCAGAAGCGAGCGAGAGUUAACCAAACUAUGAACCUGCCUUUUUUUUUUUUGCAACGAACCUACACUCCGAUGGCUCUUUCGGGAAAACGUGCUCAGCCUCUGGCUUCGGGAUUCAACGAUCCCGGCUAACUUACUUAAGGAGUAAGUCCUACCAGAUUUAGGGAGAGGCGAAAGAAGUGAAAAACUCCGUUCAGCCUUAAAACCCAGGGGUGUUGGGGAGGCGUGGUCCGGGGACAAAGCUUACUUAGCAAGGACUUUAACAAGAAUCUGGAUUUAAACUAGGACUUAACUUAAGCAAGCAAGCAAAGAGACGGAGGGCAUCCGAGAUAAGACAGCACGAGGUCCAAGUGAAAGAUGCAUUCCGGGUUAACGGCCGUGUGAAUGAACUGCGUGGCAAAGUUAAAUCCUCCUUUACUUAUUACGUUUGGAUUAAAAGUUAACUGUCAUGAUACCAAUCUUCACAUUUAGGGAAAGGAGUCCUUAAUUCGUCGGGAGAAGGGGACGCUGCUUUAAGAGACGCGCUGACACCCACCCCCCCCUCUUUUCUCUCCCCCCCCCCUCCCCGGGCAAAAAGAGUUCGCGGUCGAAUUUUCGCCUCCGAAAACUUUCCAAGCAAACCCAGGGACCCCGAUAGAGGAGCUGUGGAUUGUAUCGCAUGCAAAUACGCAAGCUGACGUAAGAGAUCAUGUGGGUUUUGGUGUAGAUCGCCACCGCCGAUCGGAGAGAUUUUUUUUUUAAUUUUUUUUUUUUAAAUCCUACUGUAUGCCUUUUUUUCCCUUCCUCCCUAGAAGGGGGGGCGAUUGGGAUAAGUGAAAGUCUCCCCGGACCGUCUCCUCGGCGUUCUAGAACGCGCACCGAGAGUUCCAUUCGGGGGGGAAAGUUCUGCGUCUCAGCGUUCCAAAGCUUUGAUCGCAGGAGGAACACAUCUUUUGACAUUGUAUUUCUAGGAGUGUUCUGAAAAGAUAAUUGGGACCUUAGCCACCAGAUAUUGCAUUUCAUAAACAAGAGGCGCUUGGAGGCAAUAAUAUCUGAAAAUGCAGGAAUCCAGGUGUAAUGCAGAUCACUUUGUAUGGUGGGUCACGGCCAACGGCUACGGAUGGCACUAGUCUUCUUUAGAGUCCACCCUGGGAUUAUUCCUGGAAGUGCUAAAAGCAUUUAAGAGGACACCUGUGGGACUGUUGCUUCCAACGGCACUUCUACAGCGGUCAUGGCAAGCAAACGGAAGUCAACAACUCCAUGUAUGGUACGAGCAUCUGAAGCCCCGGAGUCUGGUGACCCCAUGGACUGCAGUGUAGGGAAAGCACCUGGUGCUCCCGAGCAGGACUUAGAAAAUAAUUUGGCAGCCAGCAAGGACGUUUUUGAGAAUGACUGUGAAGUGAUCGAGGGGAAAUCUUCUCCAGCCAACCCAACAAGGAAAACCCUCGGUGGUUACGAAUGUAAGUACUGCCCGUUCUCCAGCCAGAACCUGAACGAAUUCACAGAGCAUAUAGACACGCAACACCCCAAUGUGAUUCUCAACCCCCUCUACGUAUGCUCCGAAUGUAACUUUACAACCAAAAAGUACGAUUCCUUAUCCGAGCACAACGCAAAGCUCCAUCCAGGAGAAAACAAUUUCAAGCUUAAGUUAAUCAAGCUCAACAAUCAGACAGUCCUAGAACAAUCCAUUGAGGUGACAGGCGGUCCAACUGUGGUUGAAACCGUUGACUAUGAAGGGACAGGCGAUACAAACAAAGGAGCCCAGAUCAUUAACCCAGGAAAGCCUAAAAGUGAGGCCAAGAAAGCUUCAGUUGACAACCAUCUUGAUGGGGUUCCUCAACUUCCUCCAGAUAUCACUGAGUCAAUUACUUGUAUUAAUGGAGCAGAAGUCCUUCAAGAUAUCCUGGCCCACGUGAUGCCUUCCGUACAGCUCCCGCCAAAUAUCAACCUAGUUCCCAAAGUCCCUGUUCCCCUGAAUAGUACCAAAUACAAUUCUGCACUAGACACUAACUCUACCAUGAUCAGCUCCUUCAACAAGUUUCCGUAUCCUACACAGGCAGAAUUGUCGUGGCUGACUGCCGCCUCCAAGCACCCCGAAGAGCAGAUUCGAAUUUGGUUUGCCACUCAGCGCUUGAAGCACGGCAUCAGCUGGUCUCCCGAAGAGGUGGAAGAGGCAAGGAAGAAGAUGUUCAAUGGCACCAUCCAACCAACACACCAGACCAUUGCUGUCCUCCCAGCCCAUGUUGCCACAGCCAAGAUGCCCCAGCCACUGAUUCAGACAGCUGUGCCUUGUCAGAUACUCAGUCAGACUGGCCUGGUAUUGACCCAAGUCUCGAACGGAUCAAAUGUUUCCCCAAUUACCCUCACAGUAGCUGCCAACCAGGGUCAAAAACGGGGUGGGCAGAACCAGCUGGCUGUCCCAGAAGCCAAACGUCAGCAUGUCAACCCAACAGAAGCCUUGGCCAAGCAGAAUGUGUCUGCUGCUCCAGUAAGCACAACAACAGUGCCACACUCUACCGUACUGGCAACGUCACCCAGCGACCGCAAAAAAACCAAGGAACAGAUUGCUUCUCUGAAGGCAAGCUUCAUUGUCACUCAGUUUCCUGACGAUGCGGAAGUUUACAGGCUAAUUGAAGUCACUGGGCUCUCAAGGACUGAGAUCAAGAAGUGGUUCAGCGACUAUCGUUACCGGACUCAGCGGGGAAUAAGCCAUAUCACGAGUGACUCUGUAGCCAAGGACCAACUUGCUCUAAGUAGCGCACGACAGGACCACACCUAUCAUCCCUAUCCGGAUUUCAUUUUCCAGCAGUUCAAAGGAAAAACUCAAAAACAAAUCGCCAUCCUCGAGGAGAGUUUCCUUAAAAACGCUUUUCCGACACAUAUCGAGUUGGAAAGGCUUAGGACCGAUGCCAGGAUGACCAGAAAAGAGGUUGAAUGCUGGUUUGCUGAGCGGAGAAAACUUAGGGAUAAUAUGGAACAAGCCGUCUUAGACUCAAUGGGAUCAAGCGUAAAGAAUAAGGACCCAGUUGCUUCUAACGGUGCAACCAAUCCAACAGAGCAGGUCAGCAUCUCUCAACCCCCAACGUCUUCGCUUAAGUCCUCCACGGCCUUUGCACCAAGCAGUCAAGAGCAGGUCCGCUUACUGAAGAGUACGUUUGUUAGAACUCAGUGGCCUUCCCCACAGGAGUAUGAUGAAUUGGCAGCUCAGACGGGACUCACCAGAACAGAAAUAGUCCGUUGGUUUAAGGAGAACAGAAGCUCACUAAGAAUGGGGACCUUGAAAUGGCUAGACCAGUAUCAACAGCAGAGCGUCACUGAUGAAUGUGUAGAAACUAAGGGUCCCAAGCCACCUGGGACAAAGAAUAAUCAUGAGGAUGUUCAGCUACCCAACAAGGGGAGCCAGAAAGUUGGGAAGCUCAGUGCAGAAAGUCCAGAACCAUCUGAUGUUCAGAUUAGCCAAAAUAGUCAGCGGAGUAUAGAUGACGAUGCUGCUUCAGACUGCAUAGAGAGCUGGAACGAAUCGGGACCUAAAAGCAAAACAGAUUUUGAUUCUGAAAGUAUAGCUGGGGAUAAUGCUCACACCUAGACAGGCAUUUCAUUCCGCAUUGUAGUCCUUGUGUUUUCACAAGCACACGGUUACUAAUCCUGGGAUCAUAUAAGGCCUUCGGAAGUAGGAUAGUCACGUUUGGACUCCAGAACCACGCUCAAGGUGGAAGAAGAGAUCGUCUCUGGCUUAUUUGGAGAAGUUUCAUGUGCCAAAGUCCCACUUGGGGGAUUUUUCUUUUAAAAAAAGGGGGGGGGUCCUUGUAUAUAAACUUCCCCUGUAGCGUGUUGCUUUCUUCAUUUCUUGGUGACUUCUUUGUAUACUUACACUGCAGAGAUUGAGGGGUUUUUUUGCUACCUUUUUUGUUAAUAGAUCAUUUUCGUCUGAUAGCAGUACGCCAUCCAAUCCAUUUCCUACAAAUUGGUAAUUCCUGUCUCUAUCCUUAUGAUAGUUUGGAAACUUUUUGGCCUGCUGUAUUAAUUCCUACCACUAAAAAAGAUACUGCUAUAAACAAGGUGCAGCGAUUAAUUGGAUUAGAAGUCAGGGGACUGGGAGUUCUAGCUCUGCCUUAGGCACAAAGCCAACUGGGUGAUUUGGGGCCAGUCAUUCCCUCUAGGAAGAAGAUAUCGACAAGCUACUUGGCCAAGAAAACUGCUGGGACUUCCAUUCCUACAACGUCAAGGCAACUUGAUGGAUUAUGACAAUUGUUUCAGUGGAAGUUGUAAUCAUCUCGUUUUGCACAUUUUUAUCUUCCCAAACGAUUCGUUUGCAUUCAUCUCGUUCACGUUUUACACGUUGGCUUCUUCCGCGCAUUUUACACGUUGGCUGGUGGGCAUUCUUCUCUCUGCAUGGAAAGUAAUCUUCGUCAAAUUAGGAAAACAAAUCUGUUAAUUCAGCCAGUAAAUUCACCAUUUGCCAAACAGUUGGACCCAGCACACUAGAGAUGUCAAGUGCUGUUGCUUGAGCCAAGUGCAUUUCUGCUACCGGUAGUACAAUCGGCAACACUUUGCAACAGAGGGCUCAAGCUUUAUACCUUGUUUAUGAUAUUUUUUUGUGUGUUGGUGAGUUUUGAGCUAGAUUCUAGCUUCUAGCACUUUUAUUCUUCGGUGACUGCUGAGAAGAGAGGGAGAAAUAUUGAAUUAUCGUCUCUCUUUGAUAAAAAAAAUUUAGAUGACUUUCGCAUGGUUUGGAGAAAAUGUUCCUUUUUCCUCCAAUACACCCUGCUUAACCUUAAUGCUAGAGAUUUUAAUUAAAGAGACACUUUUCUAACAA